CGAGCGGAAAGACUACAUUGCGCAAGCGCAGACCAAACGGUCGCGCGGAGGAUUUGAGUUUUGUUUGAAUGGCUGAAGACAGAGUGGAGCAGUGUUUUUAAGUGUUUAGCAAUGUAGAAAUGGCAGCUAAGUUAAACCUGUCGGGGCCGCCGGAUUCCGACACGUCGUCUCCAAACGAUCAGUCUGUCUCCAGCCGCAGCAGUAACAGAAGUCUGAGAGUUGCAGAUAAGGCGAGGAGAAAGAACGAGGCGGAGGACCCAUUUGUUCUGGCCCUGAAGUACUUCUCUGACGUUGAAGCAGGUACUCCUGUGUAUGGGAACGAUGAUGUGGAGAGGAACAUGGUGCUGGUGGAGAAGGUGGCCUACAGUAAAGGACUUUCCCCAGAGGCCAUCUCUAUUAUGCUGGAGUUUGCCAUGAGCCUCCGUAUGGGGACUAUUCUAUGUCCCCGGGUGCUGAAGUGUCUGAUUCCUGCUGCUGUGGUACCUCAGGAGGCUGUUGUUCGAGCGUUUGUAUGGCUGGGGGUUGGCAAAAUACCUGUCAGCACACAAAUUCUUUUCAUAAAGUGGGUGUUGACUGUAUUUGACAUGAUUGAUGCAAAGGACCAACUUCGAGCUAUCUACGGCUUCAUCUUUAGCUUCGUCACAGAGGAAAAUCUGUGUCCUUUCAUCUGCCAUCUGCUGUACCUUUUGACCAGAAAGGAAAGUGUGCGAGUCUUCAGAGUCAGGAAGCUACUGGAGCUACAGUCUAAACUGGGAAGGCAGCCGUUCCUCCUGAACCUACUGUCACUUUACAAAGUGUUUUGCCCUGAUCUGGUGACACUUUCCAUCCCAUCACGAAUUAAGAGUGUGUUUAGGAACCACAAUAUGCCCUGGAGAUCAGCAUUGAUUGCUGUCCAGAAGAGGGACGGUUCCCAGGCUGCCUCCAGCAUCAGUCCGGCCUCCACAAUCAAAGAUAAGACCAACCCCAGGAAAAGGAAACACUGCCACCUGGUCUUGCCGGCAUUGUGUUCUGUAGUUAAUAAAGAGGCUCAGACUGAGCCGUCCUCCAGCAGAAAGGUGGUCCCCCUGGUACAGCUCCACUCCUUUGCUCAGCUCCUGGAAAAUAUGCACCGUAUAGAGCUUCCCGCUCAGAUGGGCUCACUGCUGGGCUCCAGUCUGGCACUGCAGUACCUGGACUGUGUACAGGAUGAGUCUGCCCUCCUACGCCUCAACUUCUGGCUAGGCUACGCUCUCCACGAAGAGUUUUUGUUCUGCGGCGAUGGAGGAGCCUCCCAGAAUUCAGAAGAAGCUCUGCAGUUUUUGAACAAGUUGCUGUCUACACAGCACUUUCUCCAGGAGGGGUUUUCCAGUUCAGAGGCUUUUCUCUACAAAUUUCUCAAUGUUUGGGAUGGUUCCCUCCUCCGCCCACAGAUCCUCGGCCUGCUGAGCAACAUUCCUGUCAUCCCCAGUUCCCAAAUCAGACGGCUUCUGUUUGAGCCCCUCAUGCAGCUUUUCUUCACCUCUUCAUUGUUUUUCAAGUGUGGACUGAUGGAGUGUCUAAACAAUAUGCUGUUAAAGUGGCUGACCUGGCACUCAGUGUAUGCUCUGGAGGACGACUUGGACAUCAGCCUCAACAGCCACACCUCCAUAAACAUGACGCUGUCAGGGUUCAAGGAUUCAGUGAUGGAGCUGGUUGACUUUGUGGGUCGGCUGGCCUCUGUGGGUCUUCAGCUCGAAGGCUGCCACUCUCUCCUCCUCAGCUUCAUCCUGGACUUCUAUGAGACGGUGUGUGACACGUUUCUGAAGUAUGGGCUCCCCCUCGUGGUGAUACCUCCAACUGGAGUUUUUUACCCAGCCCUGUUUGCCUCUGACCCCGUUAGCGUGGACAGACUGGCCUACAUCAUGUACAGGUACAAGGUGAACUUGACAUCAGCCAAGAGUCAAGAAACGGAGCAGGCCUUUCACAUCAGCCGCCAGACGUUCCGCGAGUUCAACCACUAUGCAGUCGUCAUGGUCAACUGCCUGUGGAACUCCAAAAUGUUUCAACCAGGCAUGGGUAUACAGCCGGGAGAGGAGCUGCUGCUCAAGAGCAACGUGCCGCAAUACUGGAUGAGCUUCGACCUCAUCCACCACCCGGCCUUCAUGAGCUACGCCGUCGACUUUCACCAGAAGUGUUGGCCGGGCAGAAAGGAUAUGGACCUCAAUUCCAUAAAGCAUUCCAAGCCAUGGAGCUGGUACCUGGAGUAUCUGUUCAGUCAGGGUUAUGACGGCCUUAAACAGUUUGUUCAGAGCAACAUCAGCCGGCAGAAGGCAGCAGGCGACGGGCAGGGCAACAGCUUGUCCACAUAGCAGACGUAGCUGAUCAACUCAAUGGAGAGGAAAAACAACCACUUGCAUCUUACCCAUUUUUAAAAAAAAAAAAAAAAAAAAGACUUGUACAUAUUUCAUUUCCUCGUCUCCUCGUAUCUUUUUAUGUACAUAGAUGUAUCUCUCUUAUUGUGUAUUCUUACUUAUAGUAUUGUCUAUUGAGUGAUAAUAGACCAUAAAGCCCUGUCAGCCAUUUGCCAGGGGAACGGUCAGUAGAAGGUUUAAGUUCAGUGAAUACACAUUCAACAGGAAGAUGGUAUGUUAAUUGCAAAAAAAACAA